AACUCUAAAUUAGGGUCUCUGCAAAACUGUUCAUGGAAGCACUUCAGCACAGAAACCAGGAACCGAAACAAACUACAGCUGGUCAUCACUGCUCCUCACAACCGAUUCAGACGGAGAAAAGCUGCAUGUUUCCGGUCUGAAGAAUCAGACAACUCCCCUUCAUGUGUGUGUUGCAGCGGUUAUGAUGGCGGGCAGGGGCAGGCUGGUGCCCUGUGCGUGUCUGGGGCUGUUCGGUGUCCUGUGCUGGGUCUGGGUCUCCUUUGCCUCCUUUCCAGAUGACCAACUUUCCCUGGAGGCCUUGGAUGCACUAGACCGAGGAGCCUUUCAGCCCCAGAGUGCUCUGUCAGAGAUGGAGUUUGCCUCCAUCGGUCCAUACAGAGGACCAGGCAACAGUGACCGCCGCCACAACAAGGAGCUGCCCAUCCUCCUUUGGUGGAGUGGAGGUCUGUUCCCACAUUUCCCUGGUGACUCUGAACGCAUUGACUGUGCCACAUCCUCCUGCCUGGUCACAAGCAACCGCAAGGUCCAGCUGUACAAACGGACCGCAUCCAUCAUCUUUUAUGGAACAGACUUUCGGGCAUAUGAGGCGCCACUCCCUCGUCUCCGCCACCAGACCUGGGCACUGUUCCAUGAAGAGUCACCCAUGAAUAACUACAUCCUCUCCCAUGGACCGGGGAUCAGGCUGUUCAACUACACUGCCACGUUUCGCAGGGAGUCAGACUAUCCUCUGGCCCUGCAGUGGCUGCCUUCCCUGGAUUACUUGCUGGAGCCUGUGGUCGUGUCCCUGGAGGAGAAGAACCGUCUGAGAAGGGAGGGCCUGGGUCCUGUGCUCUACAUGCAGUCUCACUGCGAUGUACCAUCAGACAGAAACAGAUAUGUCCAGGAGCUAAUGAAGUAUAUUCAGGUGGACUCUUAUGGGAAAUGCUUGAACAACAAACCCUUGCCAGCACAUCUGGAGGACACGGCCACAGCUACCGGCGAAGAGUCCACCUUUAUGAAUUUUGUUGCACGCUACAAGUUUCACCUCGCGCUGGAGAACGGCCUGUGUCCGGAUUACAUGACAGAGAAGCUGUGGCGGCCUCUCCAUCAGGGCUGUGUGCCCGUCUAUCGAGGCUCCCCUGUGGUGGCAGACUGGAUGCCCAACGACCACUCUGCAAUCAUCAUAGAUAACUUCCCCUCACCAAAAGCUCUCGCUGAAUUCCUCAAACAUCUUGAUGAGAAUGAUGAUAAAUAUGCUAAAUAUUUAGAGUUCAAGAACCCCAGCCGCAUUACUAACCCCCGUUUGUUGGAGGCUCUGGGGACCCGUGAGUGGGGGGUUAAUGACAUGAGUAAACCCAACUACCUGAAUGGAUUUGAAUGUUACGUGUGUGACCAGGAAAAUGCACGACUGGCAGCACAACGAGCAUUUAGGAAAGCCCCUAAGAACAACCAACCGCCUCAGCCUAAAAUGGCCAACAACUCUCACAUGGGGUGCCCCCUGCCCAGCCCGGGGUACGGAAAUGUCAAAGACUUACCUGCAGAUGACGGAUGGUUGCAAAUAUGGCCUCAGGAUUACUGGCAGAGUCUGGACCAAGCAGAGGGGCUGGAGUCUCUGAUAAGAAAUAACGAGUCAGACCCUUCGCUGCUGUGGAAGCACAUCCAAAACAUUGCUGUGAGCAGAGCCAGAGGAAAACACUGACACAGGCCUUGAAACAAACAGGAGGCUGGAGCACAUCCAGGAUUACAGAGGUGUCCCAUAUUAUGCAUCGUCUCCGUUUAAGUGAGGGAAUGAAGUAGAUAUUACUAAUACUUUUGCACCUGAGCCAAGACUUCUUUACCCUUAUGAGCAAUUUAGUUAUACUAUAAUAGAUUUUGAUAUUUUCUUUAGCGGACAUGACACGUUUGUCCUUUAUCCCAAGUUCAGUAAUGGGAAAAUAAUGCUCUAUAUGCUUAUGUAUUCAAGUCGUCUUUUUACUAUAACUGAGGUGCCAUCAUUGCCCUUACACCGCCAUGCAUUGUUAACAUUAACUGCAUGCAGUGCAGUUGUUCCACAGAGGCACAUUCUCAUGGGAGGCAGAUUUUCAUUGGACUGGGGCAGAGCCAAAGGAGUUCUGCCUAACUGUGUGUGAAGACCAUCAAGACAGUCGCCAAUGAAGUGCAUUAGCUUCUUUACAGUUACUCAGCAUGUAGCUGAUGGUUAUUGGCUAAGUCACAUUUAUGUACACAGCUUUUUUAAGUGACUAUGCAAGGAAAAUAUUAUUUCACCAAGGAGUGGAAAAAGGCAAAUGUAAAGUUAAGCACAACUCCCCUAUUGGAAUUCACCAGUGCUUUUGCAAAGUAGCCCUCAGGAACAGCUCAUCUAAUGAAUUUCUUUGGCAGAUGCUUUAUAUUAUUGCCCAAACUUCU